AUGCGAGUAAUAAAUUUUGUGGAUACUUCAACAUGGAACAUGGUAAGUAUAUCAGACUUCCAAGUAAGGCAAUGGUACUAUAUUUGUGUUGAGUGGGACAAUUUCAAUCGACAUAACGAAUCAACUGAAACAGAGUGUCGAACAUUACAAACAGUAAUAAUUGUUUCGUUAGGAGAUCGUAGUGGAUCAUUGCUUUGCGCAUAA